GGCGCAGCCGGAGGACGAGCAGGGGCGGCGGCGGCGGCGGGACCAUGGCAGGGCCCCGGGGCGCGCUGCUGGCCUGGUGCCGCAGCCGGUGCCGGGGCUACCCCGGCGUGGAGAUCCGGGACCUGAGCGGCUCCUUCCGGGACGGCCUGGCCUUCUGCGCGCUCCUGCACAGCCACCGGCCCGAGCUGCUGGAUUUCGACUCGCUCUCCAAGGACAAUGUUUAUGAGAAUAACCGCCUGGCCUUUGAGGUGGCGGAGCGCGAGCUGGGCAUCCCGGCCCUGCUGGACCCCAACGACAUGGUCUCCAUGAGUGUGCCCGACUGCCUGAGCAUCAUGACCUACGUGUCCCAGUAUUAUAACCAUUUCACCAACCCCAGCCAAGCCGGCGUCUCUCCACCCAGGAAGUUCCCAGCUGUUCCUUCCUCUUCCUCAUCCCUGACAGCUCCCCACGCUGACACUGAUGGUGGCGGGAUCCAGGAGGAGCAGGCGGCGGCCCCCGAAAGCCUGGCGGAGCAGGGUUCCCGCAGCAUCCCCAGCAGCACCUGCGCCUCCUGCGGGCAGCACGUCCACCUGGUGCAGCGGUACCUGGUGGAGGGCAAGCUCUACCACCGCCAGUGCUUCAGGUGUAAGGAGUGCUCCAGCACGCUGCUCCCCGGAGCCUACAAGACUGGGCCGGAGGCGGGCACCUUCGUGUGUACCCAGCACCGGGGCAAGCUGGGCCCCCUGGGGGGCGCCGAGGGCAGGCCCCGAGCGGCCCUGCUGCCCCCAGACGCGGCUGGCCCGGCCGAGGACGGCGAGGACGCUGCCGUCUCCAGGAGGCCUCAGGGGGAGCCCCAGCCCGAGCCCCCGCCUCAGACUGCGUCCAAACCCCCCCUUCCCAGCAAGCCUCAGGAGCUGGGCUCCCCGCCGGCCGCCCGGCCAACGCCCGCGCCCAGGAAGGCCUCGGAGACGUCCACCAGCCCCCAGCCCGUGCCCCGGCCGCGCUCCAGCGUGCAGGGGGAGAGCCCUGGGGAGCAGGGCGGCUGCCUGGUGAACGGACGGCUGCAUGACUCCAGCCCCCCAGUCCCCAAACCACGUGGGCCGCCCAGGGCCUCCGACCGAGCUACAGCCCCCAAGAAGAAGGACCCCCCGUGGAUCGCCUUGGUUCAGGCAGAGCCCAAGAAGAAGCCCGCCCCCCUGCCGCCCGGCAGCCGCCCGGAGACUCCCUCGCGGGCCGCAGAGGAGGGAGAGAGCCAAGGAGAGAGCGCGGCCCCCGAGCAGGAGAUGCGGCCGCCCGCCGGCGAGCCCAAGCCCUACAACCCCUUUGAGGAAGAGGAAGAAGCAGCAGCGGCGGCCCCGGGCCCCCCGGAUCCUGCGGAGCAGGCCCCCAAGACCUUGCACCCCUGGUAUGGCAUCACCCCCAACAGCAGCCCCCGGACGAAGAAGCGGCCGGCGCCGCGAGCCCCGAGCGCCUCCCCCCUCGGUGAGCCCCUCCCCUGCCCUCCUCCGCUUCCCUUUGGCCGGGACCUUCCAGGCUCCGGCUCCCGAGCUGGAUGCAGCUCGAGCCUCAGCUGGGACUGGGCUUGCUCAGCCAGGCCCUGCCCGCUCUCAUCGAGCCGCGUUCCUGGGGCCGCCCGCCUCCAGUCUGGCCUCGCGCCCCCAACCUCCCUCCUCCCGAAAGAUGGCCCUCCCAGGAACCUCCCCCAGCCCUCCAAGCCCUCCCCCCGUGCCAAAGGGGCCUACCCCUCCCUAAACCCUGGAAAGCCACCCCCCCUUCUUGUUGGUGGAAAACGCCCCUCCCCUCAGCUGCAAGGUGAAGGAUGCUUUCGUUCCAGUGCGGGUCGGCCGUGUCCAUGGCCCAGUUUUAGAAGGCUUGCCCGGGCCCGGGGCUGGCCCCCCGCGGGCUCCCCUUGCCUUGCCUCGGUCCUCACCCACGUGCCUUUUGGGCAGGUCCAGGCUGACCAGUACAUCCCAGAGGAGGAUCUCUACGGGGAGAUGGAUGGUAUCGAGCAGCAGCUGGACCAGCUGGAGCACCGUGGGGUGGCCCUGGAGGAGAAGCUCCGCAGUGGGGAGAAUGACGGGCGGGAGGAUGACCUGCUGGUGGACUGGUUCAAGCUGAUUCAUGAGAAGCACAUGCUGGUCCGGAGGGAGUCGGAGCUCAUCUAUGUCUUCAAGCAGCAGAACCUGGAGCAGCGCCAGGCCGACGUGGAAUAUGAGCUGCGCUGCCUUCUCAACAAGCCAGAUAAGGACUGGACAGACGAAGACCGGGGAAGGGAGAAGGUGCUGAUGCAGGAGCUGGUGACCCUCAUCGAGCAGCGCAAUGCCAUCGUCAACUGCUUGGAUGAAGACCGGCAGAGGGAAGAAGAGGAAGACAAAAUGUUGGAAGCCAUGAUCAGGAAGAAAGAGUUUCACAAGGAGGCGGAACCUGGGAUCAAGAAGAAAAGCAAAUUUAAAAGCAUGAAGGUGCUGAAGCUAUUGGGAAAUAAGCAUGAUCCCAAAAGCAAGUCCUCGAAGGACAAGAGCUAAGAGCCCCAUGGAGUGCGUGGCCACCCAUUUCCGCAUGGCCGCCUGUUUCUGUGUGGCCUCCUGUUUCCGUGUGGCCGCCUGCCUCUUCCCUGCCUGUUGGCUUCCUCCUGUGUUGGGCUGGGCCCAUACUUGGUCUCCUCAAUGAUAAUGGAAGCUGUGGCCCCUCUUUUCUCUGGGGGGGGGGUCCCAACACCAAUGAGAGGGCUUCCAGGAGGGGGAGGUCCCCCUUCUCUGCAUCCUACAGCUGAGUAGGGCCAAAGAGUUCCUCCCCCUUCCCUGGCUGUGGAUGUCAGGAAGCCACGGCAGCAGGAAAGUAGAUUCUAUUUAUUCAGCGAUGUUUUCACGGUUGUUAUUAUUAUUGACUAACUGAGCAGUAAAGGAUCUGGGGAUUGUACCCCGUCCCCCCUCUUUACUCUCCUUCCACUUCUAGAAAGCUUCCUGUGAUUGAGGUGGCUUCUGUGUCCCAGAGGCAGCAGUCCCUUUUCCCCCUUCCCCCCACAUACACAUCCCCUGCAGGAGCUAUUUAUUAGAUGAUCAGUGGGGUUGGAGUUCGGUCCAGACUUGCAGAUGGGGCUGCCCCAGUUGGUCUCACAGGGGAAGAAUAGAAGGGAUUACCACCAGAAGUGUCCUUCCCACAGCCCUGAAAGGCAACAGAGUGGCUCCUCCCAGGCAGCACCAGGAGACGCCAUCCCUCUCCCCUUCUCCCGCUAACUUCCCGGCCCAGCGCUCCCCAGCACCUGUCACUUGGCACAGGUAGAGCGGACGGCUCGUUUCCAUUUCCAUGUGGGGAAGGGAGCUUCCGGAAUGUAAUCCUUGCAGAAUGGGAAGUCCCCUGGACUCCGAGAUCUCAGCUCGUCCUGAUCAGCUCCUUCAGAGCCAGCAUCUUCACUUCCCACUCCUGGGCUGGCCCAGUGACCUCUGGGGCCGGGCUGGCGUGGUCACAGAGCUCAGUGAAAGACCCCACUGUAUCAUCUUGGGGAUGUGCUUUUCCCCCAAAUAAAUUGAACCCAAUUAAUUUGC